AUGGCCUCCAAGCGUUCUUUCACUGAAGAGGAUUUCUCUUGUCCUGUGUGCCGUGACAUCUUCAAGGAUCCUGUCAUCAUGACAUGUAGUCACAGUGUGUGUAAAGUCUGUCUGCAGCAGUUCUGGGAAACUAAAGGACACCAAGAAUGUCCUAUCUGCAGGAAAAGAUUCACAAAUUCAAAUCCACAACUGAACUUGGUCUUAAAGAACCUGUGUGAGACCUUCUUACAGGAGAGAAGUCAGAGAGCUUCAGCAGGGUCUGAGGUGCUCUGCAGUCUGCACAGUGAGAAACUCAAGCUCUUCUGUCUGGAGGAUAAGCAGCCUGUGUGUCUGGUGUGCAGAGACUCAAGGGAACAUAAGAAUCACAACUUUAGUCCUGUUGUUGAGGUGACAACUGAUUAUAAGGAGGAACUGAGAACAGAGCUGGCCAAGCUGAAGGAAAAGAUGAAGAAACAUGAAGAAACUAAACUAACCUGUGAUAAGACAGCAAAACAUAUUAAGACACAGGCCUUAAAUACAGAGAAGCAGAUCAAGGAAGAGUUUAAGACGCUGCACCAGUUUCUACAAGAUGAGGAGGCAGCCAGGAUAGCUGCACUGAGGGAGGAAGAGGAGCAGAAGAGUCAGCUGAUGAAGGAGAAGAUUGAGAAGAUGAGCAGAGAGAUCUCAUCUCUUUCAGAAACAAUCAGAGCCAUAGAAAAGCAAAUAAGUGCUGAUGACAUCACAUUCCUGCAGAUCUCUAAAGAGUGUGGUGUUGGUGUGGAGAUCUCUAAAGAGUGUGGUGUUGGUGUGGAGAUCUCUAAAGAGUGUGGUGUUGGUGUGGAGAUCUCUGGUGUUGGUGUGGAGAUCUCUAAAGAAUCUGGUGUUGGUGUGGAGAUCUCUGAAGAGUGUGGUGUUGGUGUGGUGAUCUCUGAAGAGUGUGGUGUUGGUGUGAGUGUGGUGUUGGUGUGGUCAUCUCUAAAGAGUGUGGUGUUGUGUGGUUCUGAACCCAAACCCACAGCAGCACUGACUCCUGAAUGUUAUUCCAGAGCCCAGUGCACACUGCAGGAUCCAGAGAGGGUUUCAGGAGCUCUGAUCAAUGUGGCAAAGCACCUGGGCAACCUGAAGUUCAGAGUCUGGGAGAAGAUGCAGGAGACUGUUCAGUACACUCCUGUGACUCUGGAUCCCAACACUGCACCCCCACAACUCAUCCUGUCUGAGGAUCUGACCAGUGUGAGAUAUGGUGAUGAGGAGCAGCAGCUUCCUGAUAUCCCAGAUAGAUUUGAUAAGUAUCUCAGUCUCCUGGGCUCUGAGGGCUUUAACUCAGGGACUCACUGCUGGGAUGUGGAUGUUGGAGAGAGCACACGGUGGGGUGUGGGUGUGAUAUCAGAGUCUCUCCAGAGGAAUGGAGACUACAGCUUCAUUAGUGGACAGUGGUAUAUGGGGUUUGAUGAUGAUGGCUAUGGAGCAUAUGCUCCUCCUCGUGCCUCAACUGUCCUCACAGUGCAGAAGAAACUCCAGAGGAUCAGAGUGCAGCUGGACUGGGACAGAGGAAAGCUGUCAUUCUCUGACCCUGAUAAUAACACACACAUACACACUCUCACACACACUUUCACUGAGAGAGUUUUUCCAUACUUUAAUGGUGGUAGGGUGUCUCCUUUGAAGAUCAUACCAGUGCAGGUCUCAGUUAGAGUAGAGCAGCCCAGUUAGAGCUGAUAAUGUCUCUGUGUGGACCAGAACUGAUCAGCAUGAGGAGAUGAAUCAGUUAGAGGAGACUCUGAGAGAAAACACCACUGUGGACUGAGAGAAAUCACCAGCAUCACACACACCCUCUUCUCCCAUGUGAUCAUUUGACAUUCAUUGUACACGCUCCACAUUUUUAUGCGGUGUAAGGGAUAUAGGUUUGUGAUAUAAAAUUCAUUAAAGGUACAUUUCACCUAUGGAUCCAUCCGAAUCUGCUUCAGAGGUGUGUAGGCAACAUAACUGAUCAGGUGUGACUGAAAGACUGCUGCACUGCCACUGCAAGGCCAGCAGGGGGCAGAGUGCCACAGCAUAGCAGGCAUGAUGAGGGGGUGGGAUGAGAGGCAAAGACACAAUGGGGCAACAUGUACAGUGUGUUGAUGAUGACCCUGCUCAUAGGCUUCAAUGUGAAUACAUCAAUAAUUAUAAAUACAUGGGAUUCUACACACAAGAUGUGUGCAGCAAAGA